AUGCUAUCAGGUUUGUUCACUAGUUUGGCAUCGGAGGAUCCACAUGCUCAUGUAGCCAAGCUGAGGAGUGUUUGCAAAAGUUGUGUGGGUCGACCUGACUUGGACAUGGAUAUCAUUGGAUUGAGAGUAUUCCCUCUAUCAUUGGCCGGCGAUGCUACUGUGUGGUUUACUGAGCUCCCUUAUAACUCAAUCUAUACAUGGGACAAAUUAACUCAGUUGUUCCUAGCAAGAUUAUUUCCAGUGUCAAAGAAGCUGAACCACAAAGAUAAACUCAACAAUUUAGUAGCACUACCUAGACAGUCUGUGAGUAGUUCCUGGGACAGGUUCACUGCUUUUAUAAGAGGUGUCCCGAAUCACCGCAUUGAUGAUGAAUCGCUGAAGGAAUACUUCUACCGAGGUCAGGAUGACAAUAGUAAGGUUGUGCUCGAUACCAUCGCUGGAGGUUCAUAUGGUAAGUACACUUUUGAGCAGAUCGCUGAGAAACUAAAGAAAAUAUCCCGAAACAAUAAAGCUUGGAGCACUAGAAAGUCAUAUACUAGGAGAAACACAUUUGCAGUCCAAGCUGCAACAAAUAAAUCUGCUGAUGAUAUUCGUGAGGAAAUGGCUCAGAUGAGGACAGAACUGAGGUUAGUCCUGAAGCAUGUGAGUGGAAAUGCAGAAAAGGCAAAUGCAGUUGAUUACUUGACCAAGACUCCAACACCACCAGAGGAGGAAUAUGACUACGAGGAGGAUGCUUAUUUGGUAAAUAAUCAGACAGGGGUUGAGGCUAGUAAAAAUGAUGAUGUGAUUGAGUUAAAUGGAGAGUCCGAGAAUGCGACAGAGAAAGAAGUGGAGAUAACCCAGAAAGUUGUUCCCAUGCCUCCACUUUCUUUCCCACAAAGGUUAGUGAAGAAGACUGAAGAAGGUCAAUACCACAGGUUUAUUAGUAUGUUAAAGCAGCUUUCCCUCAAUGUGCCGUUGAUAGAAGGUUUGGAGCAAAUGUCUGGGUAUGCGAAGUUUAUGAAUGACUUGGUAACUCAAAAGCGAACCGUAAGUUUUGAAGAUGAUGAUAAGUUCCAACAUUGUAGAGCUAUUGCUACAAGGUCCCUUGUGCAGAAGAAGGAGGAUCCUAGUGCGUUCACUAUUCCUUGUACCAUUGGGUUGCUACAUUUUGCAAAGGCGUUGUGCGAUUUGGGUGCUAGUAUUAAUCUGAUGUCAUUGGCUAUUUACAAGAAGUUGGGUUUAGGGGAUCCAAAACCGACAACGAUGAGACUGCUUAUGGCCGAAUGA